AUAUAUAAUAUUUUUGAGACAACACACAACACAACUCAAGCACACAAACACAAAUCAAGAGAGAGAGAGAGAACAAAGAACAAAACAGAGAAACAAAACAAAACAAACAAAACCCAGAAUCCUCUAAAGAGUGAAUUCAAUAGCAACAACAACAAAGAAAGAAAGGUUUCAUUGGAUCGUGUGUUGUGGGCACUUGCUGAAUUUGGAAAAUUUCUGAGUUGUUUAGGGUUUGGAUCAGAGAGAGUGUGAUUAUUGAAUGGAAGAUUUUGCUUGAAAUGGGCAAAAACUCUGAUCUUUUCAGAGUUUUAGAUUGUGGGUUUGGAACUAUUUUCACUUGGAGAUUGCUUAAGAUGAUGGUAUUUAACAUUGCUUCUUUUAGCAUGGAAGAAGAUUGUGUAUACCGUUAUCAGUGAUUUGGGAUUUUGUUAACCGAUUUUGGACUCGGUACAGAGGCUUUCCUGGUCACCAUUUUUGGUGUUUUUCUUCUUUUUUGUUUUCCAAUUUUUGACCGGGGGAUAAUUGGUUGAGAAAAAAAGUAAGCAGAGAUUAUCGGGUUUCGGCGGUCAAUUUUAGUUUCUGAAGCAGCCCUUUGAGUUGGCAUAGCUUAUCUGAGCUUAACACGGUUCCACGGUACUGAUUGGGGUUGUAUUGAACCGUUUACCUUCAUGUUAGAACUUUGAAGUAGUUAGACAGAGUGAGUGAUUUCUUUGUUGCUUAUUGGUUUUGAAUCAAUUUCCAAUAAUACAGUUAGAGCUGUUUGAUUAUUUCGGUGAAUCAAUUUCCAAUAAUACAGUUAGAGCUGUUUGAUUAUUUCGGUGAAGGCAAAUAAACCUCGGUGGUUUGGAUAAUUUGUGUGUGCAAGAGGUUUAUGGAGGAAUAUUAAAGCUGGAAAUGAAUGUGGUGACAUGGUGCAUGGACAGGAGCAUAGUUGUUGGUUCGUUCCCUUUCUUGAACAGUGUUACUGAAUACUAAUCGGAGGACUCAGUUUUGGAACGAUUUUAUACUAGGUGUAUCUGGAUUUUGUGCAAUGUCGCGCUGCUUUCCAUUUCCACCACCAGGAUAUGAAAAGAAGACUAGAACAGAUGAAGUUGACAUAAUAAAAAAGGAAAAGGAUAGGGAAAGAAAACAUAAAAAAGAUAAGAAGGACAAAGAGAAGAAAGAAAGUAAGGAUAAAAGAGAGAAAGAAGGACGAGAUAAAAAGCAUAAGGAAAAGGAUAAAAAGGAUAAAAACAGGGAAAAAAAGAAAGACAAGGACAAAGACAGAGACAGAGACAGAGACAAAGACAAAGAUAGAGAUAAAAACAAAACCAGUGCUGCUGAUGGCAAGGGACUUCCGGGACAAGCUGAGGGUCUCAAUGCAGUCAAACUCCAAAAAGAAAUCAAGCCUGAUAAGAAAGGUAUAUUUGUCGACAAUAAAAUUACCAGACAGUAUACUGGUAACAAUGGGGAGAUGGAUAGAGAUAAUAAUCAUCUGGCCGAGGAGAACAAGGAUUCUAAAUUCCUCCUCGAGUUGGAGAGGAGAAUUAAGGAUGAUAAUGGAGGGGCCGGUAAUCAAUUGGCUCAAAAGUUUACAAAUGCGGACCAUAGAAAGGAUGAAGGGACUGUUAGGUUGUUGGCUAGGAAUAGUAGUGCCUUGCAUGGUGGCAGUGAAAAACUCAAGGAUAAGGGUUUUGAUGCUAAGAAGAUUGAUGGGAAAGGAAUCCAUGCCGAGGUACGACCUGUUGGAAAUACAGCAGUUCAGAAUCAUGCUGGGAAAGGAAUCCAUGCUGAGGUACGACCUGUUGGAAAUACAGCAGUUCAGAAUCAUGCUGGAAAUUUUCAUCCUAAAACUGAUGGAACGCCCAAACUUUUGGGUAAGUAUUCUGACGGGAAUUUGGAAGCAAGAGUUGGAGGAAAAGAAAAGGUUGAUGAAAAGAAAGAUGGAGGAAAAGAAAAGGUCAAGGAAAAGAAAGACGAAGGGAAAGAAAAAGUCAAGGAAAAGAAAGACGAAGGAAAAGAGAAGGUCAAGAAAAAGAAAGAUGAUAAACGAGGAGAAAAAAGGAAAAAUAAAGAGGAGAAGAAAGGGCAUGGGAAGGACAAAGACAGGGAUAAAGAUAAGAAAGAGAAAACUAAGGAGCAUACUGAACUUAAAACCACGGAGCAGAAUAAAUUGAAAGAAAAUAACAAUGUUGGUCCUAUACAUUCAAAUUCCUUCACACAGAUUAGCAAGAACGGCCAUGAGAAUUAUGUUGGUGUUGAAAAUCCCAAGAAACGGAAGGAGAUAGAGUCAAAUGGAGUUCCACAUGCCAGUGAGAAUUGGCCGAGUAAGUUGCCAAGACCGUCCUCUUCUCACCCAUUCAAGGAAAAUGGAAGGAUAUUGGAACCUUGCCAAAUUUCAAUUUCAAAUUCUUCAGAUAGGUCAGGAGUAGCCACAAGCAGUGCUAAGGUAGAAAACAAGGAAUGCAAGAUAAAUGGCUUCAUUGAAGCUCAACCACUUGUAGUACCCUCAAAUAAGACUCAUGCUGCAACUGUGCCAACUAUUCCAUUAAUUGAAGCAUCUUCAAAACCAUCCCAUCCGGAUACCAAAUAUCUAAGCCGCAUAUAUUCGGUACCUAAAGUGGUAUGGUCUGAUUUGGAUGAUCAAGAAUGGUUGUUUGACAGGCAAGAAAGAAAACCCGCAGUGAAAUCUUCAGAGGCUGGAGAGACACCACAAGUAUGGGCAGAAGCUGUGCACAUAGAGCCAGCAGAUGUUUAUGCUCUGCCAUAUGUCAUUCCAUACUGAUCGAUUAUUUUAUUGGCACACAAUACUUCAAUUAUAUCUGGCACACAAUGACCCUCCUCUUGCAACAUGUAUUGGAGGAACUACCGCACUUUGGGCUAGAAACAUAUUCCGAUUUUCUUGACACGUUCCAUUGUGCCUUGGUAAUUGGCAACAAGUAAUGAAUGACUGGAUGCAUUGAACUUAAACUGUCUUGAUGGUUACUUGUGUCGAACAGAUUGCCUUGAUUUUGCACCGAUUGGAAGGUAAUCGUCUGUCACGAAUUGUUGCAGGUCUGGAUGAGCUUUUUGCAUGUUAGUAAAAUUUCAUUUAGAUAGAGAUUUUAUAGAGGCAGCAGCCGGUACAGGUUGCGGAGAAGGGGAGGGAAAAGGUACAACUACAAGCUUGUGCUACUUGUUUAUUCUAUUUUUACCGAGUUGUACUGCUCUUUCUAAUUGAGAAUGCAAGUGCAACCAGAUGUGGUCUUUAAUUUGCAACUACACCACAAUUUUGAUUUGUAACAUAGAACUCCUAUUUACAAGAAUGUGUAUGAUAGAGAAGGGGAUAAAAAUAGUCGGAUUCAUUUAUUCAGUUUCUUGUAAAUUUUAUUGUUUACUUCAUCAUUUUGUAGGAGUAUUAAUUAUCUUUCAGUUUGAA